AGUACUGCCUCUCUCUCCCUCUCCUUGUAAAUUCCUCUCCCUGCAUAAGUCCUCGUAUACUCGGUUCAACUACAUCAAGUAAUGGGACUUCUCCACCCUAUCGACAGUCAGAGACCAUUCCAUCUUCUCCUCUUGGUGCUCAUCCUCUUGAGUUCAUCUCAUGUCAAGCUUUUGGUCGAAGGUAGAUCGGUGUUCAGGCUUCUCGAGUAUGCAGAUGGGAGAGGAGAGGAGAAGCUGAUGGUGAGAGCUUUGAUUGGAUCGAGACCACCAAUCUGUGAGAGGAGGUGCAUGACCUGCGGCCACUGUGAAGCAGUCCAAGUGCCAGUAAUCCCACAAGAGAGGAAUCCAACUCGGCGAUUCUGGGGUAUAGCCACUUUGAGGGGCGAUUACAGCUCCAACUACAAGCCCCUCAGCUGGAAAUGCAAAUGUGGGAACAGGAUAUUUAAUCCAUGACCCAUUGAACCAGUCAACACCAGAUUGAAUUGUGGAUAAUACUCUUCUCUUCUGUUUCUUCUUUAUGGAUCUCCUUCUUGCCAUUUGUUUAUCCUCCAGGCUUUGCUCGAUCAACCUUUCUAAGUUUUGGCUAUCGGACAUCAUCAUGUACUUACUACAUUUGACAUAAAAAGACUGCCCUGCUUGGCCUCUGGUUGCGCUGGUGUUGAAGACGGGACACAAAGGAAGCUGCUCCCUUGGCACAUCAUGCAGAGAUUUUGCGCUGCCGCUGGACGCCAUUCCACCUCCAUGAAACAUCACGUCCACUAAUCAGUAUCCAGCUGAAGUAUCUGAUCUGAUCUGACCUGAUCUCAAGGUAUAUAUAUAUUGCAAGCAAAUGAUUGAUGAGGGCAAGAUUCUGCCAUCUAGUUUCUCUGCUCUUCCGAGUUCAUCCUAGAUUUUAUGCUCUCUCUUGUUUCGAUCUGUUGGGUUGGCUGCUGUGUCCUACGCCGAAUUGUAUCUGCUACAGCAAGCACAUGAUGUAUACCGUCACAAUAUUCUCUGUUCAUGAUCUACUGCAUGUUGGCCUCAUCCAACUCUUACUUGAAUCAGCUAAAAAACAGGGGUCUGCAAAUAGAGAGACUUCGAUGAUAAAGCAAGUCAGAAAGUUUAAUCCUUAAGAGAUGAAAUAAAAUAAAGUUGGUAUCAGCUCACGCAUUCCGUUUUCUGCUUGAGAUCAUGUGCUGAUUCAUAUGUGGAGUACAUCACUAGCAUAAAUUUAGAUGAGCCUGUUGCAAAUGCACGCAUGUUGUGUACCCACGGAGGAACUGCUCCCACGAAGGAACUCCGUAGAAAGUUUCAUACCAAUCGUACCACUGGAUUGCAUCUCCAUCAAGCUGGAUUGAGGUCACUUCUACCUUAGAUUCUUUUGGGGUUCUGUGAAAACGAAAAAAAAAUUUCGCCUUAGAGAUCCAACUAGUCGGAUCCCCAUCUUCCCAUCGUGGAAAUUCUACCCUAAUGCGUGGGUAGUGUGUGUCACCAUCCUAGGGCCC